GAGGGAGGUAGCCUGUUCACGGUACAAGCCGGCUCGUUAACAGAGGCCUCUCGUCUUUAGAUAAUCUACUUGUCAUCUUUUAAGAAAGGCAGGGAAACCUUUUUCCAGUAGAUACGCGUCCUAGCACAACAGCGUACCGAGAAGCGCACAGCGAUGCCGCGUCGGAUCCGCGUCCUGCUGCUGCUGCUGCUGCUGCUGCACCUGGCUGUGUUGCUCCUCGGCCGGCCGGCCGGGGCGAGGCGCGUACGAAAGAAGGCCACCAGGGCCCGGUCUUGCCUGGACCUGCCCGAGGAGAUCUUGGAGCAGAUGUUCGGGCGGCUCUCGGUCGGAGUGAUGAGCGCUUUUCAUCACGCCCUGGAGCUGGAGCCGCAGGACAAACUGAACCUGACCUGCCCAACCACCGCGCGGUCCCCGACCGACAGCAAGACCCACCUCCCGGUCAACCUGCUCAGCAUCUCCCCCUGGGCCUACAGGAUCUCGUACAACCCGACCAGGUAUCCCCGCUACAUCCCCGAGGCUUACUGCCUGUGUAAAGGCUGCCUGAUCGGACCGUACGGUGAGGAGAGCGACCGGCACCGCAGCACUCCGGUCUACGCUCCCUCCGUCGUCCUGAGGAGGACGGGCUCCUGCGUCGGCGGCCGCCACUCCUACGCCGAGAUCUACGUCUCCGUCGCCGUGGGAUGCACCUGUGUGCCGCUGCUGGAGAAAGAGCGGGACGACCGCAACCGCAACCAGAGCCUGGAGAGAGCACAGCCCAAAGCCGGACAGCACAUGUCUGCAGGCAAGAAAGUGUGAGGGAAGCAGGGCAGGGGUGCUCCAGAUGAGUUUUUCUACACCGGGUCCACAUUUGCUGGUUUCUUUUUCUUCCACUGG